CACACACACAGAUAUUGUGUCCUGCUGUCGCAGACGCCACAAGUCCAGGACGCUGUAAACAAGGACGCACAGAGCUGACACGCGCCUGGAUCACAUGCAGACAAUCAGCGCUCGGCUGGCUUUGCUUAGGUAGUGGUAGACAAACAUGGAGCCCCUGGAGGAAUACCACUCUCCGUUUGACUUUGAACAAGGAGUCAACGCCAGCUACCUUUACCUCUCCCCGGCCUACAGUGACACGCCGCCCAGCUCGCCAGCUGUUAAAGCCAGAGGUUCCCAGCAGCAUCCGGACUCAAUCCCGGAGGUGGGAGAAGAUGCCGUGACGUCUGUGGGUCCCUCUUCUGCUACCCCCGCCAUGACAGAGGAGGAACAGCGGGAGCUACAAGAAGAAUUGGUCAAGGUUGAAGAUGAGAUCCUGACUCUGUCCCAGGUGUUGGCAGCCAGGGAGAAGCAGUUGGCAGACAUUAAGAGGAAGCUGGGCAUCACACCUCUCAAUGAGCUGAAACAGAACUUCACCAAAACCUGGCAAGAGGUCACCACCUCCACGGCCUAUAGGAGGACAUCUGAAACACUGUCUCAGGCAAGUCUGAAGGCCACAGCAGCGUUCACCAAUGUUGGCUCAGCCAUCACCAGGAAGCUUGAGGAUGUCAGCAUGCGAUCAUUACAACAUUCGGCUAGUAUGCCGGCCAUGAGGAAUGCACCAACUUUCAAGUCAUUUGAGGAGAAAGUAGAGACUUUGAAGACCAAGAUGAGUCCAUCAGCUUCCACCAGUAACCCCGGCGAGCAGGACAGCCCCAGCGCCACCACCGAGUCUUUGCUCAGUCAGCCUGAAGACUCGCCCACCCAGGAGAUAAACUGAGACUUGCCUGACCCCCCCCCCCGACCUCCCACCCACCCACCUUUCCUCACUUGACCUUCCAACCCCUAGACUGUCAACACUCACCCACUAAACUCUUGUGUGCCAGUCUCCUUUUAUUGGAAACUAGUGACUUACCACAGCCUUUCUUAUGAUCUAAUUGUCUGGUCUUUUUUGUCUGACACUUGUGUUGGUUGUUAUCUGGUGGGGAAACUGAAAGCACGGGAUGCAGGAAUGUGGUCUUGUGUCGAUCGUAUAUUUUAAUCUAUUCUGGCUCGCUGUAGGAGAAAUCCUCCCUGCUGUAUAACAUUCCUUUUCUCCUUUCCUUUACCUCAUGCACUCCUUAUUUCUCUGUCUUUGUCUAACCAGCAAAGCUCAGAUGCCAAACAUGCUCCUAGUUUAUUUUUUCUUUAUGAAAUUAAAAGUUUAAUUAUUUAGAUUCAGUGUACAAAAUUGCACAAAUACAGAAAUAUUACAAACCUAUUUUCACAAGUACUUAUUUUGUCUGCCUCCUUUUUGGGGCCAUUCAUGGUUUACUAUGGGUUUCCGUUUUCUUGGUUACAUUAUUUUAGUCAAUCAUAAUGUAGUCUAACACUAUGUUCAAAAUAUGAAAGUAUGCUUUUUUUGUUUGUUUCAUAUAGGUACUAUGUUUUGUAACCACAGUACUAGGCCACUUAUACUAGUGUCACGGCUGCAGCCACAACUCCAAAGCUUAUAUUUCAAAACAUACUUUAGAAUAAAAACCCUCCCUUUUCCCAUUGUUAAGAGUCCGUCAAAAUCGUAUCUCCACGCUUAAAUAGUAACAGGAAAACAGCCAAGAUCAGCAGAACAUAGGCAGGGAAAACACAGUCAAGGUUCAGCCUUGACCCGAGGUGAGAGUGAAAUAAAUGUCUCUUUUAGAGCCAGAGUCAAUAUUUAAACACUUGUUCAUUGUUACUGCCUGCGAGGUAACACCCAGUCUCUCCCCUUUCUGUAAUACAGAUAAAAGCAAAGCAAGAGACUGCUCCGGCUGUUAUUAUCUAACAACCAGUAGCUGGACUAUCAUGGGUUUUUGGGAAUCCCUUAACUUUUCAUUCCAGCACCAAAAUCAGGUUAACAGUUGUCCAAUAAUUGGGUUUAUGACUAAAUCCCUGCAAAACUAAUGAUAUUCAUGUUUGUGCUAAAUAGCAAAUGUUAGCAUGCUAACCUGCUAAAGCAAGAUGGUAAAUAUGGUAAACAUUAUUUCUGCUUACUAUCAGCAUGUUAGCAUGCUGAUGUGCCUAAGCACAGCCUUGUUUUGAAAGUUUCUAGGAAACAUUUUCAAAAUCUUUUGAUAAUUGCAAGGUUGUAUACAGUAGGCUAUUUUCUGAAAAUGCUGCUUUCACACAGACCAAAAAAAAAACAUUUUGAAUAUUAUAAGUAAGUAUAUAUAUAAAAUCCAUCAGCGUAGUAUCAACUGAUUUACAAUCUUUUGCUGCUUCACAAUAGCCUGGAAACCAGACAAAUCGGCAAGCUCAUGUUGUAGUUGCUCUGGCAACCCUGACCCUUACAUCAGCAGUUUGGUCUGCUUAUUUUCUGUUAAACUAUUAAACAGUGACUUUAAGAGUUGUCUGAUAUGCACUGGGUGACUGUAGGGCGAUAAAUACAACGUGGUAAACAGAGCCAGUCUGAACACAGCCAAGGCUUCCUCUGGUACACAAAGGGAGGACACGAGGAUUUAACACGUAUUUCUAAAACUUCUCCUGAGCUUGGGCAGGACUUGGACCAUUGGCCAAACACUUAAUCAUUAGUGAUGCAAUGUGCCACACAAACUGUGAAUCGGCGUCCCGAGAGGACACCACAUAAAGGCCAGGGCUAUUCUUUCUUGACAGAAAAGAGUUGACAGAAAAUAGAUUUUCCACUGUACAGUAUCUCAUGCAUCGCCUCACUUUCCAGCCAUGACCUGGUUCACUGAGAGAAUAUAUCAAAAACUUUUAUCUGGCAUAAGGGUUGUAUUUGUAUUUAGUCAUACAACACACAUUUGUUUGUUUUUCAAUUGGAACUGUGGAGUGAAGAUAUGCUCUAAUAAAAAAAUACCUCUGAAGCAACCUU